CAAGGACGGAGGUUCGGAGGGGCUGAGGAGGCAGAAGAGGAAGGACAGACAGACAAGGAAAGAACUAGAAGAGAGACAGACACAGAGACAGGCAGACAGACCCCAGAGAAGAGAGAGGGGAGAGAAAGACAGAAGACACAGACGGGCUCGCAAGGGCUGAGGGGUCGACUGGCAGAUCCCGGCUGGACCUUGGUGGGCAUUCGAGUGUCCCUGCACCUGCCACCCUCCGGAGCCCCCCAGCCCGCCAGCAGACAGCAGCGGGCGAUGGCAGAUUCCUGCAGGAACCUCACUUACGUUCGGGGCUCCGUAGGGCCGGCCACCAGCACCCUGAUGUUCGUGGCGGGCGUGGUGGGCAACGGGCUGGCCUUGGGCAUCCUGGGGGCCCGGCGACGGUCACGCCCCUCAGCCUUUGCUGUGCUGGUCACGGGGCUGGCGGUGACGGACCUGCUGGGCACGUGCUUCCUGAGCCCAGCCGUGUUUGUGGCCUAUGCUCGCAACAGCUCGCUGCUGGGGCUGGCCCAGGGUGGGCCCAUGCUCUGCGACGCCUUCGCCUUCGCCAUGACCUUCUUCGGCCUGGCCUCCACGCUCAUCCUCUUCGCCAUGGCCGUGGAGCGCUGCCUGGCGCUCAGCCACCCCUAUCUGUACGCCCAGCUGGAUGGGCCGCGCUGUGCCCGCCUGGCGCUGCCCGCCAUCUAUGCCUUCUGCACCCUCUUCUGCGCACUGCCCCUGCUGGGUCUGGGUCAGCACCAGCAGUACUGCCCGGGCAGCUGGUGCUUCAUCCGCCUGCGCUCAGCGGAGCCCGGGGGCUGUGCCUUCUCACUGGCCUAUGCCAGCCUUGUGGCCCUGCUGGUGACUGCCAUCUUCCUGUGCAACGGCUCUGUCACUCUCAGCCUCUGCCGCAUGUACCAUCAGCAGAAGCGCCACCAGGGAUCGCUGGUCCCCAGCUCACGGGCGCGCGAGGACGAGGUUGACCACCUGAUUCUGCUGGCCCUCAUGACAGGCAUCAUGGCUGUGUGCUCCCUGCCUCUCACGGUCCGAGGCUUCACGCAGGCCGUCGCCCCGGACAGCAGCGAGAUGGGGGACCUCCUCGCCUUCCGCUUCAAUGCGUUCAACCCCAUCCUGGACCCCUGGGUCUUCAUUCUGUUCCGCAAGGCUGUGUUCCAGCGACUCAGACUCUGGUUUUGCUGCCUGUGCUCCCCGCCUGCCCGCGGCGACUCGCAGACACCCCUCUCCCGGCCCACUUCGGGAAGGGGGGACCCCCGGGGCCCCGCUGCCGCCCUCCAGGGGACGGAGGGGAGCUGGGUGCCUCUCUCGGCCUGGGGCGAGGGCCAGGGAGCGUCCUUGCCACCUGCGCCCCGGUCCAGCGGCAGCGCCGUGGGAACGCCGUCCAAAGCAGAGGCGGCUGUCGCCUGCUCCCUCUGCUGACAUCCAAGCAGGCCCUGUCAUCUCCUGCCCUGUGUUCCCGGGGCAGGAACCAGAAAACCAGGCAUGGGGUGGACGCUGCAGAUGUCAGAACCUUCGGCCGUCCACUGCUCAGCCUCCUGCUUCAGGGUGUCCACCUCUGGCUCUGGGAGGAGACGGGAUGGAGGGAACGUUUAUCCUGGAGCAUAAAAAGAAACGGCUUUCUCAAAAUAACCAGUGGCCUCGCUGCCCGCUCUGGCCCUGCUGCCCAUCCAUCUCACUGUCUAAAUAUUUAGAAGGUGGAAAAGUUCCCAGUGGCUUCUGUGCACUCAGGUCUGCUGGGUUAGGGUUUCCACGCCCAUCCUCAUCCUUAAGGGGCCCCCCUGCCCAUUCCAGGUCCCCAGGGGGACGUCCUGCCCUCUCCCAAGCCACUCCAAGAACCACCCCCAAUCUGUCCCUGGGAGCCAGGGAUUCUCGGAAAACUUCCUGUUUCCCCUGCCUCCCAGCCCCCAUCAGACUUGGGGGCCCUGAACCCCACGGGUAGGUAGGAAGAAGGCGAGGCUGCUGGAGACCGUGCUGGUCUUGAGCCUGGUGCGGAAAGGGCCUGAGAAACUCCGCAUAGCCUUGGUGGGCUGUGCCAUGGGAACGCAGGGCGAGCUUGGCCAGGAGAAAGAGGGAGAAGCUGGCGGCUGAAGGGGUGGGAGCUGGGGGUCCCAGAAGCCUCCCAAGACUGCGGACCCAGGUCCUGUGCCUGCCCCCCUUGCUUCUGUCCCCCCUCACUCCCUGCCUGAACAAACUGCUGCCUCCUUACAGAGCCCGGCCUCAUCCCUCUCUCCUUGGGGCCUUCACAAAAAUCCCCUUCAUUUGUUCAUUCAUUCAACAAAUGUUCAGCAGGCACUGACUCUGAAUGACGUAGGGACACAAGUCCCUGUCCUGCCCCCAACUCUGCUGGGGUGACUUCCAGCCUUCCCCACCUUCUCACGGCCAUUCCUUGGCCCCAGAGAGGUCAGAAAUCCAGGGUGCUGAGGAAUGAGCAUGAAAGGAAGUGAGCUGGCAUGUGGAGUGGGGGAGGGUGAAGGGGAAGCUGCCCAUCUCCCACCCCACGGCCCGCCAGCCCCAGAGCCCCUUUCUCAGUUGUGCCUGGCUGAAACAGCAAGCCUGCACCUGGGGAAGGUUGCACCCCGGAAGCACGGCCUCCUAUGAAGACAGCAGCAGCCAUGAUGGAGCGAGAGCCCCCUCCAUGCCGGCACACCCUGUCCCUCCACCCACCCAGAGCCUUGCUAUUGCUAUUGGCAGAGCCUAGCUAGAGAGGCUGGAAUCAAGGUUCAGAGGGGGCAAUCACCUUUCCUGGGGUCACACAGUGAGGAGAAAGUAGAAGUGGCCUGUAGAGUAGCCUGCUUGUCCACCCCCAGAGCCCAACUUGGUGACCAGAGCCACAUCUUCCCUCUGUCCCUCGGUUCCCUUUCAAUCAUAAUCUGGUUCUCAGUUUACAGGGUGGCUCUGAGGAUCAAGUGAUUCCCUCUGAAAGUGGCUGAGCACAGGGAAUAACGUGCUCAGUGGGCGUUUCUAUUAUUGCCGCUGCUGUUGUUCCCUGGGCAAACGCGACCUGAAGAUGAAGCAAGACUUGGUGCCCUUGCUUGGACUUUUAUUUAUUUAUGUUUUUAGUCACUGUGCUUCAAAUCACAUUCAGGAAGAACAAGGGGUGUCUGGGAGAGGUAAAAAUGUACCCAGUUAGCAGGGUGUGGGGGUGCACGCAUGUAAUCCCAGCGGCUCAGGAGGCUGAGGCAGGAGGACUGCAGAUUCAAAGUCAGCCUCAGCAGCUAAGCAAGGCUAUAGGCAACCUAGGGAGACCUUGUCUCAAAAUUUAAAAAAAUGUAAAGGGAUGGGGAUGUGGCUCAGUUGUUAGGAGCCCCAGAGUUCAAUCCCUGGUACAAAUCAAAAACAAACAGAAAAAAAAAAAAAAAUCCAGAUCAAGGUGACCAGUUAAUGGGUCUUGGGUUUUCUUUCAGUAUGGUGAAAGUUCUGGAACUAGAAGGUGAUGACCUUGCUGACAGUGUGAUCAUACCAAACGCCACUGAAUUUGUGACUGGAUGUGUAUUGUAAAUGACUGAAUUGGUUAACUUUUAUGUUAUGGGUACCUGAACAGAA